UUCCGCGUCACGUGGCUCUGAAAGUAAACAUAUUUUUCUACUCUACGUUAUUGUAGGACCAGACAAUUUAGAACAGUUAACAGCCAAUAGUAUUUAGAAGUGUGUGAGUAUUUUGAGUCACUGUCUAGGGUGUUUAGAUUGUAGCUAUUUAUUUUUAGUGAAGUUAUAACUCAGCUAUCUAGCUCAAUUUUUACACAGCCAACGCAACGCGGAAAGAACAUACAGCUUGUCAAAAGCCAGGUAGAUUAAAAGCGAGACAUUUUCAUAGGAUUUACCUGCUGGGAUCAAAAUGGGUUGCACACUAAGUGCCGAAGAUAAAGCUGCCAUGGAGAGGAGUAAAAAUAUUGAUCGGAAUCUGAGAGAAGCUGGCGAAAAGGCAUCAAGUGAAGUCAAACUGUUGCUUCUAGGUGCUGGGGAGUCUGGGAAAAGCACAAUUGUAAAGCAGAUGAAAAUUAUCCAUGAGGACGGGUACACACAGGAGGAGUGCAGCCAGUACAGAGUGGUGGUUUACAGCAACACGAUCCAGUCCAUCAUCGCCAUCAUCAGAGCUAUGGGCAGGCUGGGCAUAGACUUUGGGGACACUGCACGAUCAGAUGAUGCCCGCCAGCUUUUUGCCUUGGCCAGCUCUGCAGAGGAAGGGGUCAUGACCCCUGAACUGGCUGGGGUCAUCAAGAGGUUAUGGCAGGACGGAGGGGUCCAGAUCUGCUUUGGCAGGUCUAGAGAGUACCAGCUAAACGACUCCGCCUCAUAUUACCUGAAUGACCUGGACAGGAUAUCCCAGCAGAACUACGUGCCCACGCAGCAGGAUGUCCUGCGCACCAGAGUCAAGACCACCGGCAUUGUGGAGACACACUUCACAUUCAAGGACCUCUACUUCAAGAUGUUUGAUGUGGGGGGUCAGAGGUCCGAGAGGAAGAAGUGGAUCCACUGCUUCGAGGGAGUCACAGCCAUCAUCUUCUGUGUUGCGCUCAGUGACUAUGACCUGGUGUUGGCUGAGGAUGAGGAGAUGAACCGUAUGCAUGAGAGCAUGAAGCUGUUUGACUCCAUCUGCAACAACAAGUGGUUCACGGGCACCUCCGUCAUCCUCUUUCUCAACAAGAAGGAUCUGUUUGAGGACAAGAUCCAGAAGAGCCCCCUCACUAUCUGCUACCCAGAGUACUCCGGUUCAAACGAAUUCAAAGAGGCGUCAACCUACAUUCAGUGUCAGUUUGAGGACUUGAACAAGCGUAAGGAUACAAAGGAGAUCUACACCCAUUUCACUUGUGCUACUGACACUAAAAACGUGCAGUUUGUCUUUGACUCUGUCACUGACGUCAUCAUAAAAGCCAACCUGAAGGAGGUCGGCUUGUACUGAGACUCCUGCAACAUCAUCUGUCUUGUCAUCAUAGGGGCUGGAGUGUGUUGGAAUCACACAUUUACAGGUAUCAAUCAAUCAUUGCCUUUUUGACAGUUAGACCAUAUACAGGAUGGGUUUUUAGACCAUAAACUGUUGCCAUAAUGUAUGAUGAAUCCUUGGAUAUUUCAAAACAAGAUUACAUAGCAAACCAAAACCACAUAAGUGCUCUAUCUUUUUGCUGUUAUGGAUUCCUUAGCUAUGGACUGAUUAUUAUUUUUUUAAGUGGAAUAGAAGUUGUGAGUGUUGGAUUUGCCUUAUGUUUUUGACAGUUACUGCCAAAUUUCUGUAAAAUGUCUUAAAAACAUUCUGCACUUUAUAGGCUUUCAGCAUUCACUGUAAAGGAUUCAAAUGUAUUAAUUACAUUGUAAAUGUUGAAUAAGGGAUCACAACUAUUAUGCAUUUUCUGAGUUUUGAUAACUUAUCUUUAUAACUGUGUACACUGAGGGUACAAAACAUUAGGAGCACCUUCCUAAUAUUGAGUUGCACCCCCUUUUGCCCUUGGAAUAGCCUCAAUUUGUUGGGGUAUGGACUCUACAAGGAGUUAAGUGUUCCACAUGGAUGCUGGCCCAUGUUGACUCCAAUACCUCCACAGUUGUGUCAAGUUGGCUGGAUGUCCUUUAGGUGGUGGACCAUUCUUGAUACACACGGGAAACUGUUGAGUGUGAAAAACCAAGCAGUGUUGCAGUACUUGGCACACUACUACCAUACCCUGUUCAAAGGCACUUAAAUAUUUUGUCUUGCCCAUUCAUCCUCUGAAUGCCACACAUACACAAUCCAUUUCUCAAUUGUCUCAGGCUUAAAAAUCCUUCUUUAACCUGUCUCCUCCCCUUCAUCUACACUGAUUUGAAGUGGAUUUAACAAGUGAUCACUAAGCGAUCAUAACUUUCACCUGGAUUCACCUGGUCAGUCUGUCAUGGAAAGACUAGAUGUUCCUAGUGUUUUGUACACUUAGUAUAAAUGGUCAUUGCUCAACCUAAAUUGUUGUUGUGGAAUUAAGUAUCCACUAGUGUUAAUCAUUAUUUUAAUGUGCUCAAUUCUGAUUUUUUUUUAAUAGAUCACCAUUCAGAUCGUUACUUAACACUGAAGUAUUAUACUAGCUCUUAGCGGACUGUAAGACAUCACUUGAUGUUUUAAAACCACUUUUAAAGAAAAAGCUUUUUUUAAUGGUUGCCUUAACUUGUAUUAUGUUAUUUUGGAUAUAACUAUUUUGUAUAAAGAUUAUUAUGAAGACAAUGGCCUUAAUAUAAACAAAGUAUUUGCCUGGAAGCCAUUUUAAACGCCCCUCCUUUUGAAAACAUGCUUCUUUUUUUUAUUUUACCAGGUGAGUUGACUGAAAAUAUCUUCUUAUUUAUAGCAAAGGCCUGGAGAAAGUUACGGAAGUCCAGAGAGGACAUCCCUUAUGUCGAUCACAAAAGUUGUUUUGUUGAGAUCACGAGAACCUAUAUAAAUGGGAGUAGACGUAUUGAUUGACAGUAUGGCUGAGGUGGCAGAGCCCACAAUGGAUCAGCGCAUACGUUUUUAUUGAUUGCUACACUAAGGUAUGGUACAUUUUAAUACUAACCUCAUGCUUUCAUUUGUGUUUUGAGCUCAUUAUCCAUUUAUAAGUUAGAAUGUUAUCAAGCUAUGCUACCUUGAGCUAAAAGCUCAUGUGGCAGCUAAGCCCUCAUGGUGCAUUUAAGCCCUGAACGAUGCCUGAAAGACACCUGUCUCCCAGGCUGUAUGCCACAUCAAAGACCACAGCCAAUCGCAUGCAAGUAACAACGCAGCUAACUUGGCUAGUCUUGUGAGCGAGUUAGCUAGGUAGUCUUGUUAUCUAUGCUGGUUGUUAGCUUGCAUAACUGAUAUGUGUAUAAUUGUAAGGGGCACUUUGUUUUAUGGAUAAUAUUUACAUUUACAGAGUGGGUGAGCUCUAAUCCUGACAGGCUAAUCAGAUUCAAUAGUAGCCUCAGUCUGAAACAUCAGGAUGCUGCCUUGUAGGUUGUUUCAUAGGUAAAACUCCUGUUUCAUAGGUGAAGCUCCUUGCAGGCAGAUUAGCAAUUGGUGCAUUAUGCAUAUGAUCAAGAGUGGGUGCACUCUAUUCCUGGCCAGCCGAUCAAUUUCAGUAGUAGUGUCAGAGGCUGAUCAGUCAGGAUGCUGCCUUGUAGGCUGUCUGCAAGGAACCUUACAUCUGAAACUGCACAUCUGAAACCGCCUACAAGGCAGCAUCCUGAUUUAUCAGCCUCUAAGGCUGAAAUUGAAGCCUGUCAGGAAUGGACAUCACUCAUUGUAAAUGUUAUAAUAAAUUACCUUUUUAUAAUUAUACACCAGUUAUGCAAGAUAACAAGUUAGCUAGCUAGCUAACAGGACUACCUAGCUAACUAGCUAGCUCACAAGACUAGUCUAGUUAGUUACGUUGUUCCUUGCAUGAGAUUGGCUGUGGUCUUCGGGGCGGCACUCAGCCUGGGAGACGCUGCUGCCUGUCAGGCAUCAUUCAGGGCUUAAAUGCCCCGCAUUACCAUCAACGCAGCCACAGGGCUCCUUGAUGAGGUGGCUAUCGUGCAUCUGCACACAUGAAUGGAUGAUGUGUGCUACUUUUGGUGAUCUCGACAAAACAACUUUUGUUAUGUAGAAAUCAUGAGAUAAAUACAUAAGUCAUGAUCUCGGCAUAAGGAGGGAAUUUAUUUUUAUUCAUAUGUCCUCUGGGCUUCUGUAGAAAGUUACAAAAAACUGUAAAAAAAAUACAGAGUUAACCUACAAAAUAUAUAAGCAAGCAAAAAACAAUUGCUAUUUGGACAUUUUAACAGUUUAACAAUUGAACACACUGAAUGUUCCUUCUUGCAUUAAAAUUGAAUGUGGACCAAA